AUGCGGGGGCGACUAGCAGGGUCUAUGGUCGACACUUGCCUCUCUAGCAAUACGCCACUCACACCGACCCCGAACGAUCCGUCGGACGACAACUCGAUCACUUCAUCAGGUGUCGGAGACGCCAUUGACAUCGCUGACUGUGAAGCUGGGCACCGAUGCAGUCUCACAACACCGACAAGUGAACUGAGAUCGCCUUCAUCCGGUCGCGACGCCCACUACGGCUGCCUGGACACUUCCAAGGACAAGUCGAUUGACUAUACGGCCGAGCUCGAAGCUACGCAACGUCGACAACGCGGACUCUUGCAGCUCUGCACCGUCAGUUGGCAACAUGUUUCGUACAUUAUUCAGCCAAAGAAAUCGUGGGUGCCAGGACGAUUCAGGCGCAACAAGAAGCAAAACCUAAUUGAUCUAAAGCCUCGCAAGAUCCUAAACAACGUAUGGGGGCGAUCUGGUCCCGGGGAUCUAACAGCUAUUAUCGGUCCUUCCGGAGCAGGUAAAACCACGUUACUCGACGUACUAGCAGACCGAGUUCCUCACGGAGAACAAGGUGUACGUGUGGAGGGGAUAGUGGACGUGAACGGACGACCUCGAGAUCCACGCUCCUUCCACUCGAUCAUGAAUUAUGUGUCACACGACAUGGCGUUCCUUGGAUCUUUUUCCGUUCUAGAGACACUACAGAUCGCUGCAGGCCUUGGCUUACCAUCCCACGUACCUCCUCUAACCCGUGAAUCUCGUGUUCAAGACGUGAUCGACGCAAUGGGAUUACGGUCCUGCAUGUACGCGAAUGUUGGCGAUGUCUUCCACAAAGGGAUUUCGUCAGGUCAACGUAAACGACUCGGUAUCGCUGUGGAGUUGCUCUCUGAUCCAGCUCUACUUCUACUUGAUGAACCCACUUCAGGCCUCGACGCGUCGUCGGCUCGAAGUGUGAUGCAACAUAUCGAACGGCUGUGUCAAGAGAGUGGCAAGAACGUCAUCUGUACGAUCCACCAGCCAUCGUCUUCGGUGUUUGCAAUGCUGACAAAUCUAGCGAUUCUAAGUGACGGCCAGCUCGUGUAUUUUGGAGCAGCAUCGGCCGCUUUAAACCACUUUUUCUCGCUAGAUUUCCACGCAGAUUUGGGUCUCGACCCAUUCGUUCGAGCCUUGGAAGACGGCUCUGAGCCACAGCGUCUACGCGUGGAAAUAGCUCGUGAUCGCUAUCUCGGAGAAAUGAACCUCAUCAACUAUGAUUUGCUACGAGCGAUGCGUCCUUCGAGACUUGAUCAGUUCUCUGUUCUGCUGCAUCGAAACUUGACCAACAAUUGGCGCCACCCCGGGGUUUUCUGGCUACGUGUGCUCAUGUACAUGUUGCUGUCCUUCAUGGUCGGCACAAUGUAUCUGAGCUCGAACAGUGAGAUCACCAGUUCUGCGAUGGUCCCACUUCUAUUCUACGUGCAAGCUUUCUUGGUUUUCAUGUCGGUUGCUGCACUUCCAGCGCUACUGGAGCAACGCGCUGUCCUAGAACGUGAAGUUCGCUCCCAUUCGCUGCAUCUGGCAAGUUACACGACUGCUAACUUGCUUGGUGCGCUGCCUGGCAUCACAUUUAUCUCGUUAUUAGCCUCAAUUAUCGUUGUGUACUUCGCUCGCGUCCACUCGUUCGGGUCAUUUCUUCUUAACUUGACGCUGUCACUCGUCACUUCGGAGUCGAUGAUGCAUCUACUGGGCGCCGCUGUACCGCACUACAUCAUGGGUAUCGCUCUAGGCGCCGGACUCUUUGGUAUGUUUAUGCUGUGCGAAGGUUUCAUGGUUCCGUUCGCAGCUAUCCCGACGUAUUGGAAAUGGGGCUACUAUUUGGCCUUCCACACGUACUCGUUCGAGUCCUUCAUGUACGAGCAUUUCUCACAGGUUGACACCGAAGAAGCCUGGGAUCUGCUCAAAAGUUACGGCAUGGAGAAGGUCGACGUUUCUCGCAAUAUGCUCAUCCUCGUAGCAUACGCUGCGGGUCUACAACUCGCAGGCAUCGCUGUCCUUAUCAUCCGCUUUGGUCGCCAUAAACGUUAA